CUUUGGAAAACAGACACCCACUGUGCAUGUUGUAUGCCUUUUUGCCCCCCGACAGCACAGGAGUAGCAGCUCGUCUGGGUGAGUGCGCCGCCGUGGGGCCGAUGUCUCUGUGCGCGCUCUGACUGGACGGGGGGCUGGCUCUCCCUGAUUGAAUCCAGCUGUUGUGAACGUGCUCGGAGGGGGCCCGUCAAUUUGCAUUGCUAAAUAAUCUGUAGCGCCGACAGAGAGGGGCAGCAACGGAACAGUCCAUUUUGAAAAGGCAUUCCUGCAACGCUUGGUCAAUGUGCCGGAGUUUCAGCUCGACCACACAGCGCUUAAUGAAAACCUGGUGUCGUCUUUCGCGUAAAGGCGCAUAGUUGGUGGGUGGUGAGAGCCCUGCUGGGUAUUGGAGAGGGGAUUUGGGGAGAAUUUACGGGUCUUCUGGAUCUUUCCUUUGAGAGAAACCAUAAACCAUGCUUUUUGAAAUACGUGGCUUCAGGUUUUGCUCUUCUGCGAGGAUGCUGGCAGCUCUGGUAUUUAUCCUGCUUUGUAUCCGGCCGGGACACGGACAGACCUGCACAGACGGCUUUGCGUAUGACCGCAGGGCAAGACAGUGUAUAGAUGUGGAUGAGUGUCGUUUGCUGCCAGAUGCUUGCCGAGGAGACAUGCGCUGCGUGAACCAGAAUGGAGGUUACCUGUGCAUCCCGAGGAGCUUGUACAACCAGCCUUACAGACCGGAGCCCCGGGCCCUCCCUGAUCCGGUUUACUCGGACUCGGCUGGAUUUCCAGACACCUUCCUGCCGGCUCCUGAGAGAUCUGUAGAGCCCAGUUACCCCAGAGUGAGGACCACUGCACAGUGCGUCCUGGGAUAUGCUCCUGCAGAGGAUGGCACCUGCAAUGACAUUGACGAAUGUGAGACAAACUCUCAUCACUGUAACCCCACCCAGGUCUGCAUCAACACGGCAGGUGGCUACACCUGUUCCUGCACUGAGGGAUACUGGCUGCUUGGUGGACAGUGUCAAGAUAUUGAUGAAUGCCGCUAUGGUUACUGCCAGCAGCUGUGUGCCAACGUCCCUGGCUCUUAUUCCUGCUCCUGUAACCCCGGCUUCAUCCUCAACCCAGACAGCAGGACAUGUCAAGACGUGGAUGAGUGUGAAGAUGAGCCCUGCAGUCACGGCUGCUUCAACACCUACGGCUCCUUCAUGUGCAACUGUGACGAGGGCUUCGAGCUGGCAGCCGACGGCACUUCCUGCAUCGACCUGGAUGAGUGCAGUUUCUCUGAGUUUCUGUGUCAGCACAGAUGUGUGAACACCCCCGGUUCUUUCUCCUGCAUCUGCCCGCCAGGAUAUUACGUAUACGAGGACGGCAGGAGCUGUGAAGAUAUCAAUGAAUGUGACACUGGUAACAACACCUGUACAACAGCACAAGUAUGUUUCAAUUUCCAGGGAGGCUAUACAUGCCUGGAUCCUUUACAGUGUCACCUUCCUUACAUCGAAGUUAGUGACAAUCAGUGCAUGUGCUCUGCUGAGAACCCUGCCUGCAGGGACAAACCCUUCACUGUUCUGUACCGACACAUGGACUUGUCAUCGGGGCGCAGUGUGCCUGCAGACAUCUUCCAGAUGCAGGCCACCACGCGCUACCCCGGCGCCUUCUACAUCUUCCAGAUAAAGUCGGGCAAUGAAGGACGAGAGUUUUACAUGAGGCAAACCAGUAAUGUGAGCGCCACACUUGUGCUGUCACGGCCCAUCAAGGGGCCGAGGGAGGUGGUGCUGGACUUGGAGAUGGUCACGGUCAACAACGUCAUCAACUUCAGAGGCAGCUCCAUCAUACGUCUGACGAUAUUUGUCUCGGAGCACCCGUUCUGAGCGUCCCCAAUGAACUUGAUCGCCCGCCCCCCCUCCCCCGGAGAAUCAGGCUGCACUCGUCUGCGGCUGAUGCAGCGGUUUGUCUGAGACAGCUCACCUUUCUUCUUACUCAUUAUGUCAUCCUCCAUAAAGACACGUCCGAUAAAGACUCAGCAAAGAUCAGCUGAUGGGAAAGCAUCCCUGUGCUCGAAUCCCCACCCCGGUUUAAUGGACACUGAGCUUUUAUGGCUGCGAUGUGGACCGUCAACACAGAGGGAUAUUUAUGGUGUACAAUUUCUGACAUCCUCUAUCUAGAAAAUGACCUGAAAAUUACCCUCACUGAGUACCAGUGUAUACACAAUAACCCCCCCACCCCCCACCCCAGUUGUCUGUGAAGUUUCAUCUCUUCAGAUAAGCUGUGAACAUGACUUUCGGGUGUCUGGAUUCAAGAGCCGUCGUUACAUCCUGAGCGCCAUCAGCUCAUCGUCGUGGUUUUGGUUUUGUGAGAGACGGGAGGAGAGUCCGUCAUCUGAGCAGAAGUGUAACUGAGCAUUUGCAGUGGCAGUAUUUGAAAUGAUGUAACAGUCAGUCAUUAACUGAAUUAUUGAUCACAGUUUCUUUUAGACCAAUAAAUGUCUUCACCACA